ACCCACUUCACGUCACGAACACGAUCGAGUUACCUCGGCCAGUCGAUCUGAGACAUUCAUCUCUUUUCCUUUCUUCUUAAGCCACGCAGUCAUCUGCAGUAUCACUGUGCUAUCUUACAGUCGAAUUAGAAAUGAACAUGAAGAGAGCUGUUGGACAAAAUACCAGCCAGAAGUUAAUCUUGGCACUGUGAUCGACGUUUUGAUAAUAUCUUGGUCUCAAACUCCAUGUUUACCCAGUAACUCUCUAAAAACAUUAUCAUCUAGUUCUAAUAUCUGAAAAUGGCAUUUCCUAUAGCCGCGGCCGCUGCGGGUAGCGUUGCCCUCGCGGCCUACAUGGACGCUCGCUUUCAUAUAAUGAACGAUUUAGCUCAGGGAAGCAAUAAGCUGCGCGCUGCUUUCCUGUUAAGGCACAUCGCUCAGGAAGCUCGGAAAGGAAAGCUGCUCCUCUACCAUACCUUUGAGGAUCGCGCCAAUACCCCCAUGGGUGAUCUUACCUUCCUCAUAUUCGAGGGUCGUGAGUGGACCUUUCGUGAAUUCUACCAGGCCCUACAACCUGUUGGCAAUUGGUUGCUCAAGGAUCUGGGGAUUAAGAAGGGCGAGAUGGUCGCGCUAAAUGGCGGUAACAGUCCCGAGUAUCUUCUACUCUGGUUCGCUCUGGAGGGAAUUGGUGCCUCGGUGGCUUUCAUAAAUUACAACUUGACAGCCGAGUCGCUGAUUCAUUGCGUCAAGCUUAGUGGUGCUCGGUACAUGCUUGCGGACUCAGACAUCCGUCAUCAUAUCUCCCCUGUUGAAGAAGAACUUACCUCAGCCGACAUCCAGACAGUUUACUACAGCCCUUCAUCUAUAAGCGCUCUCACAGACACCGAGCCGCUUCCCGCCUCGCGCCGCGAAAAUAUAAAGCCCACCGAUAUAGCAUCUCUUAUCUACACAUCCGGUACCACGGGCAAACCCAAAGGCACAGUCGUAAAUCGGGGACGCUAUGUGCUCCUAAAGCAAGCUGGAGGCAGCCUAGGCAUCAAGCCCGGCGUUAGAUUAUACACCUGCCUUCCGCUUUACCACGCUUCCGCUCAGGGCCUCGCCUGCGCCUCAUGUAUCCAUACAGGAAGCACGCUAGUCCUAUCGCGCAAGUUCUCUCACAACAAGUUCUGGCCCGAGGUCCGCUCAUCGAAAGCCUCGGUUAUCCAAUACGUAGGCGAAUUGUGUAGGUAUCUGCUAAACGCGCCGCCAAGCCCUCUCGACACCGACAACAACGUCCGUCUAGCAUACGGUAACGGUCUGCGGCCGGAUAUAUGGGAGACGUUCCGGGAGCGCUUCGGCAUUGAAGUCAUCUAUGAGUUUUACGCCUCGACGGAUGGAGUCGGAUUGAUUAGCAACUCGAGCCGGAACGAGUACUCGCGGGGCGCGAUAGCUAUAAGAGGUCCGCUAUGGCAUUUGAUCAACGGCGGCAGCGAAGCGCGCGUGCACAUCGAUCCGGACACGCAGGAUAUUGUGCGAGACGCAAAAGGCUUCGCGAUUCGAUGCAAGACCGAUGAGCCGGGAGAGACCAUCCACCGCAUCGAUCCCGCGAGGACUGCAACGCCAGUGUACCACGGCAACCCGGAAGCCGGUCAGAAGCGGUUAGUCGCAGACGUGUUCAGCAAGGGGGACCUGUGGUUCCGAACGGGCGACGCGAUGCGCAUAGACGCGGAGGGCCGGUUAUUUUUUGCGGACCGCCUUGGCGACACGUUCCGCUGGCGCUCGGAGAACGUGUCAACAACCGAAGUCGGCGACGUCGUAGGCGCAUUCCCACAAGUUGCCGAGGCGAGCGUGUACGGCGUCCUAGUUCCCAACGCAGACGGGCGAGCUGGAUGCGCGGCUAUCGUUGCAGCGGAGGGGACGUCUAUCAAGGCUGAGGAUAUAGCCAGUGGAAAGGGUUUAGAUCUAAAGGGGCUGGCGGAACAUUGUCAUGCGAAUCUCCCGCGGUACGCGGUGCCGGUAUUUCUAAGAAUCGUCAAGCAGCUCGAGUACACGGGAACAAUGAAGGUCCAGAAGGGACGUCUGAGGUCCGAGGGGAUCGAUCCGGAGGCCAUUGAGAAGGCGGCGAAGGAAAAUGGGGAAGAAGCCGAUGCGAUUUAUUGGCUGUCUCCUGGCGAGAAGACAUAUGUUCCAUUCAGGGGCAAAGACUUUGAGGAGCUUAAGGGUGGUAAAGUCCAACUUUGAUCGUAUAACUAUUGUAUCUAUAUUGCACUAUAAUCGAGAUUUUUGUAGUAAGAUAAGUAAGCCUGCCCUUCCUAGGCGUAAGGGCAGUAUCAUGACGUAUUAAUGGUGUUGAAGGCGAACAAUUUUCUAGCAUAAUACAUUCUAUCGUCCUCCUUGAGGAAUCAGAUACUGGGGCCCGGUUACGUUAGGUUAGGUACCUUAGGCAUAAUGUAUGUAGCCAGGCUUUUCGGUUAGACGAAGCCCUUCAUAGAAUAGAACGUUCGGUGGCAAGACAAACACUUCGUUUAUUUUAUUGGUGACUUAGGUAUAAGGUAUAAGGUAUAAAAGGAUUGUGUGGAUAUCCUAGUGGCAGGGAGCAUGAACACCACUACAGCUCUACCCCAGGGUCGAAAGGUAAAUUAUAGCGUCCAAUAAACCUUGACCCCGACUUUUUUGACGCUGUUCGUCCAUCCCGGAAAUCUUGCAUGACCCCAAACAGUGAUCAUAUCCCCAAAUUUCAAGUUCCUAACGAACUCACCGUUACCCGUGCCUGAUCCCCGACCAAUUUCAUUUAGGCGUUCCGUCUCCAAGGAUUCCGGAUCAAUGUUGUCAUCCCAGGCCCACUC